UGCAACUGGCGCAGAAGCAAAAAGUCAGAGUUCUAAGGCACGGCACUGCGCAUGCGCAGCUUCACGGGUAGGCAGUUACCCCCUGGAUGAAGCAGAGUUGUCAGUGGGUCACUCUCAGUCUAUUAAUGCCAAUUCCUCACUAUGCACUGCUGUCCUGCUUGAGAUAUUGACAGCUGACUACGAGCAGUUGUUGCAGUUGAGUGCUCUCUUAAAUAUUAAUGAACUGGACCUCCCAAAAACUUUACUGGAAGUCGCAUGAUAUGGAUUAAUGUGGAAAAACUUCCUUGACUGGUAGGUAAAAAAAAAAAAAAAAAAAACGAUUUCGUGAGAACACUGAAGAAUCGAGCGUAUGGAUUACAAGUGAAGUCAGUGUCGGUUGCUCCGUAUCUCAGGGGAAGACAUUUGAGAAGCGGUGACAUGAAGAUCCGUUCAGAGCGGGAUUGAUGCAAAGUUUGUCUGGAGGUUUCUCACAGGAAUAUGGGAUAUUCUGAAUUUAUGGUUAAUGUGCACAAAAAUCCAUCGGUUAUGGCUUUUAUGCGUUUUCAUAUGUGUCGUAUUUCCAUUCAAUCCGAAACAAAGCUACUGGAAGUCUUGUGACGGCUGGAGUAAACAGUGGAUACUUGUCUGGAGCAAUUCUGCUGGAUCUAUUGAAUUAUCCUCGGAAUUUCUCUGCCCAAUGACAAUUCCAAAGUUGUUAGUUGGGCUCCUUUUCACAGCGUCUCCUCCUUUUAUUAGUUUUAUUUGCCGAGCCAUUAACUUAACUGGUGUAGCCCAAAACCUGAAGUAUUUUCGUUGCACAGGUUUGUGAUAGGAUGCGGGGAUGCACGGGAUUCCCGGUGGCCGUCACGGUGGUAUUGACACUUUUGACCAUCAUUAACGUGAAGGCGAGUGGAGAGUAUUGUCACGGUUGGCAUGACCCUCAGGGCGCAUGGCGAGACGGCUUUCAGUGCCCGGAGCGCUUCGACAGCGCCGAGGCCAUCAUCUGCUGCGGGAAAUGCGAGCUCAGGUACUGCUGCUCCAGCACAGAAGCUCGACUGGACCAGGGCACAUGUGAUAAUGAUAAGCAGACACAAGACACCAACACUGGGAACAGGGACGACAAAAAUUCUGGGGCAGUACCCAUCUACGUGCCCUUCCUGAUUGUUGGCUCGGUCUUUGUUGCAUUCGUGCUGGUGGGCUCCGUUGUUGCUGUGUGCUGUUGCCGCUGUCUACGUCCCAAACAGGAGCCUACGUCAGGUGGCAGCUCAGGAGGAGGGUCCAGCAGCGCCCGUGUCCUCGAGACGAUUCCCAUGAUGGCCAGCACAGGUACGUCGCGAGGCUCAUCCUCCCGUCAAUCGAGCACGGCCACCUCCUCCAGCUCUUCGGCUCCUCCCGCCGCUCCCCGUCCUGCACCCGCCCCCAUGCUACGCGCCCAGGCCUCGUGCUGCCUGCCGCCAGACGCCAGCGUGUACGUGAACAUGCCCACCAACUUCUCAGUGCUAAACUGCCAACAGGCCACUCAAAUUCUUCCUCACCAAGGCCAGUUCCUGCAUCCUCAGUACAUCGGUUUCGCCCACGCCGUUUCUCCGGCUCAAGCCUUCCUAGACCCAACUCAAGCGGGAUACCGACCAUUGCAGUCUCCGUUCCCUCCGCCGACCAGCGUGGCUAGUGUGGCCAGUGUGACCGGGGAUCAGAAAUACCCUCCAAUUACCAUGUGAGUGCCAAUGGGACCAUCAAAGGAAGUAAGUUUGAAUUGAAGUCACAAGAAGAACACAGUGAAUCAGUUCAGAGCACAAAAUGCCUGUUCAUUGGCAUGAAUACACACUUGCGUCAUUGUACAACAACACAAAUGAGACUCUCAAACUGGUGCUUUAUAAAACACAAUGUUGUUUUCUGUGAUAUAAAGGACACAGAGCUUAAAAAAUGACUGGAUGUGUGUGUAACGUGCCUUGAAAAGUUACUAACGGUGCCGUUGUAAAUGAAGCGUGUGUGUGUACAUAUGCGAUGUAUAUUUGUGUUGUAUAACCGUGCAUGUGCGCUCUGUACGUGACUGUAUAGGUGUGUUGGUUUAUGAGAUGCAGUAUGUGAAUAUGUGUGUGUAGUGCACUAUAUGUUGUGUAUAAUGGAAAUCACAGGUGCUGUAAUGUGAAAAACAGUCCUGGCUCCCUAUUGGAUGCUUAAAAUCUAAUGAAGUGAACACAGGACACAGACUGUGACGCUCCACCCACUGCAACACAUGCACACAGACACACUCACUUACAUUUUCACAUAUACACACUCACAUUCUGCAGAACCAAAGUCAUUUUCGCAUUGCCAAGGAACAGAAUAGAAAAUAUACAAAAAUAUAGGCCUGUGUUUGGGAAAGCGAUGUGCGAAGGUCAAUUACGCAGUAAAAACUGUCUGCCAACUGUUCCCCUUCACUAAGUCUCUGCCUUGUGAAAGGACUGUGUAUGUGUGCCACUUUUCCUCCCCUCUUUUAGCAUAAGGUACACUCAAGGAGUACCAAAAGGGUUCCAGGGCAUUUCAUUUGAAGUGGGUUUCUUUCAGCACGCUCAAUGGCAGCAGUUUAGCGAGGAAAGAAAAGUCCCAGACUACUUCAGCAGAAGGCCGUCACCCCUCUGAACUUAAAAACUCCAGCAUUAGAUCUCAAACUGACAGAAAAAUCACAAUGAAAUGAAAUGCUGCCUGAUUUAAAAUCACUAGUCUUGAUUUAUUUGGCUUUGAGGUAAAAGUUAAAACAAUAGUUCACACAAAAUUGUCAUUCCAAACCUGUAUGACUUUCUUCUGCAGAACACAAAAGAAUAUAUGUUGAAAAUGUCUGUUUUUGUUUGUUUUUUGUCCAUACAGUCAGUGUUGUUAUUGUUGACUAAAAAUAAAACUAUUAAAAAAUGUUUAUGAUUUAAAUAAAUCUGAAAUAAAAUAUAAAUAUUAAAUGAAAGACUAAAACGUAAACGAAAAUUAGAACUGAAAUAAAACAAGUUUAAGCUGAAGUAAUAGAGUUACUAAAACUAAAAUAAAAAAAUAAAAAAAAGCUAAAUAGAAAAAAAAUAAUAAUGAAAAAAGAUAAAACCACAUAAGAAAAUUGCUAAAACCUAAACCAAAAAACCAAAUGAAAACCAAAAAUUACAAAAUAAGAGCUAAUUCUAGGGGUGUAACGAUACGCUCAUGUCAUGAUUCGAUACAUAUCACGAUACUGAACUCACGAUACGAUAUUAUUGCGAUACUCCAAGACAUAUGGUAAAAGAAUAACAAAAAAUGUACUGUUGAUUCAAAUGCCUAAUUUGAUAUUACAUUGGGAGUGGAAAUGCACAGGACAAUGAUGACACCAGAAUAAAAAUAUUCAUGAUUCUAACUCUGAAACAGAUUUAUUUUAGAUGAAUAUGUUUGCACUGUCACUGACUACAUAUAUUUAAAAUAAUGUAGGCCACUUUUUACUGGUAACAUAAGACAUUUGCCAUUAUCAGGACCCACAAAUAUUCCCCCCAUUGCAUUAUUAUACAUUAUUCAACAUUAUAUAUAGUAGUUUAAUGUAGUGCUGACACUAAAACUCUGUAAACUUGAAUUUUUCCACACACAGUAAUUUUCAUUUUGGGUGAACUAUACACAGCACAUAUUGUCACUACCCACGGUACGAUAGUUGCAUUCUUGUAUUGUGAUAUAUUGUGACACGAUAUAUUGUUACACCCCUAGCUAAUUAUUAAUAAAUACUUUAAUAGUAUAAAAAUAAUACCAAAAUAACUAAUCAAGUCUAGGGGUGUAACAGUACACAUAUUCGUAUCGAAAUUUUUUGGUACGCAUCUUUCGGUUCGGUACAAGUGUACCGACAAAUACAGAGUUGUAUAGCCCAUUAACUACUAUUAACCACCAAUAAUCGCAAUAAGCUCUGUGUUUUUCUACUUUCGUUAAGAAACAAAGUCUUAUUCUGUCCAUUUUAUCAUGAAAUUCAAACAAUAAAUACUUUUUGUCGCUCUUUAAUGUGGCGUGACAGAUCACUGUCACACCUCUAUUUACAGAAAAAAAACUUGAAUGAACAUCUGAAGGUAUGUUUAAAGGUACAGUACAACUUACUGAAACGCAUCUCAUGUAAUCGCUCAAUUUCAACCGCAGAAAGACAUCAGUGAAACAGCUUGUAAACAAUAUGGGCUCUGUUGUUAAUUGUAACCUUUAAUAUAGUAAUAUGCAAGAAUGUGCUCCCUAUAUAUAGUUUAUAGCAUUAGCAGACAGAGAUUUUUUUUUUUAUCCUUAAGAAAAUUUUUAAUUAUAAUUGAAUUUAUUUAAAGACAGACACAAUUUGUUCAGUAAACAACUGUUUAAUAAAAGAAAAAAGCAAUUAUAUGUUUAGUUUACUCCCCCCUGCUGUACCGAAUCCGUACCGAACCUUCAAUACCGAGGUACUUACUGAACCGUCAUUUUUGUGUACCGCUACACCCUUUAAGUUUGUGAGGUUGUUUUGUACCCCAUUGACUUUCAUUGUAUGGACAAAAACAGAUUUUCUUUAGAAAAUAUUUUGUGUUCCACAGAUGAAAGAAAUUCAUACAGGUUUGGAAUGACAUGAUGCUGAGUAAAUUACCUAAACUAUCCAUUUAAAUUUUGACAUAGGACGAUUUCUCCAUGUACCCUUGUCUUUUUUUCGACUGUAUCGGUAUCUGUGGGCGUUAAAUGCACAUCAGAUCUAUUUUUGUGUACGAUACAUGCGUGUUUGUAAAACUGAAUGAGUAUUUGAGGUUGAAUGUGCCUCUCUCUCUCUGAGAGCAGGAUGCAAUGUGUCUUUUACAUAUAAAAUAUAUUAAUAAUAAUAAAUAUUUUUAGAGAC